AUGUCUGUUAUUUUAGUAUCUGCUGGUUAUGAUCAUACUAUUAGAUUUUGGGAGGCACUAACAGGUGUUUGCUCGAGAACCAUUCAGCAUUCUGAGUCUCAAGUGAAUAGAUUGGAGAUCACAAAUGAUAAGAAAUUUUUAGCCGCAGCAGGACACCAAAAUGUUAGAUUAUAUGAUAUUAGAACAACCAACCCAAAUCCAGUAGCGUCUUUUGAGGGCCAUAAAGGAAACGUCACGUCAUUAUCAUUUCAACAAGACAAUAAAUGGAUGGUAACAUCUAGCGAGGAUGGAACUAUUAAAGUUUGGGAUGUUAGAUCUCCAUCCAUACCAAAAAACUAUAAACAUAAUGCACCAGUUAAUGAAGUGGUCAUACAUCCAAACCAAGGUGAAUUGAUAUCAUGCGACAGAGACGGAAAUAUACGUAUUUGGGAUUUAGGAGAAAAUCAAUGUACCCAUCAAUUGACACCAGAAGAUGAUAUAUCUUUACAAUCAUUAUCUGUGGCUAGUGAUGGGUCAAUGUUAGUGGCUGCAAAUAAUAAAGGAAAUUGUUUUGUUUGGGAAAUGCAAAAUCAUACAGAUGCAUCAAAUUUAAAGCCAGUAACCAAAUUUAGAGCUCAUAAUAACUAUAUUACAAGAAUUCUUUUAUCAUCAGACGCUAAACAUCUGGCAACUUGUUCAGCUGAUCAAACUGCAAGGGUCUGGUCUGUUGAUGAUAAUUUCAAAUUGGAAUCUACAUUAGAUGGUCAUCAAAGGUGGGUAUGGGAUUGUGCUUUAAGUGCUGAUAGUGCAUAUUUGGUUACUGCUUCUUCUGAUCAUUACGUUAGACUUUGGGAUCUAUCAACAAGAGAGAUAGUCAGGCAAUAUGGUGGUCACCAUAAAGGCGUGACAUGUGUUGCAUUAAAUGAUGUAUGA